AUGACAGGCCUGACUAAAUUAACCUUCUCCAUGGUUAGGCUUCCCUUUUGGGCAUAUGCGAAGCUGAUAUUUACCUGCGGGCUAGUCAUACCAUACUUCAAUGGAGCCGCAUCUGUGUACAACAACGUGGUGCGCCCCUACAUCGUCACACGCCAGAAGAAAAUCAACAUAUGGUACGUCCCCAACAUGAAGGACACCUUCACCAAGCCUGACGACAUUGUCGCCGCAGCUGAGGGAUACAUCCGACAAAACCGGCCCGAAGCAUUCGAGAAGAUCAUCCAAAGGAGUAAGAAAGAGACGAUGCCGAGCAUGGACAAUUUCACCAAUAACCAUUCGUUGUAUGAAGACAACUACAAAUAUGAGGAUGGCUACAAGUACUAAGAUUUGGUUGAUUCAGGGAUGAUAGUGCUUAAUUUUAAUGUUUAAUUCAGACAGUUUGUUUAUCUUGAGGUUUCUGCUGUUGUAACAAUAAAUUGCAAGGCAAACAAUAAGGUUAAUGCAAACAAUAGUAUUAUUUUGACUAUUGCAACUCCAGAAAAGAUGCAUAAAUUGUC